AUGGCGGACGACGAGGACGUUUGCCGGGUUAUGUCGUCUGAAAAUUUCGACGAGGUUUUAAAUCUUGUCUGGGGAACAAACGUGAAAGAGGAGAUAUUCGAAAGGUGGUCUCAAGGUAUUGUUUCCAAAGAUUUGUUGGGUAUAAGUAAUUGAUCCCUUUAGUGAAAUGUAUGGUACCUUUUCAAUUUUCACUUUACCCCUUCAGUGGCAUUUAGAGCACGACGUAACCUUUGGAUCGAAACUCCUACGUUUGAUAAUUUUGGUUUUCUUCUCAAAUACUUUUUGUAGUAUAAUUUAUAAUAUCAGGUUCAAACAAUUUCUGACUGGAGAAACCAAAAGUGAAGAUUUGUAUCAAAAUUUUGUAGUUCUAUUUUUGAGAAAUCGCCAAAACAUAACUGAAAAAUCAAAGGGGAAGGAUGAUAAAUUACUCAGUUUUAAUCUCUGCUACUGAGAAUUAUAUAUGAAAUUUCACUACGUAAACCUAUCACAUUUUGAGAUUCAAAAGAGUAACCUAACCUUCCGAAAAUUAUCUUCAAAUGUGCUAAAUAAUUGACCAUAAAUGCCCUACACUUAUUUGAGUAUUGCCUUGCAAUCUGACCUCUUUCCUACGACAUGAUACGCUUCUAUUCAUAAUAUGGCUGCAUUGAAGCUAUGCCAAUUUGAAUGCAGUGCAUAAUUGUGUGAGAACCCUCAGUUCAGUUCCCACAAUUUGAGUCAAACUCUAGGAUUCCCCACAGGUGCUGCCACUUUACUAACAGAAUUAUCAGUGGUCAAAAUUACACAAUCUUGAUCACAUUUACCUCUCAUUUUAGUGGUUAAUCUAAAGGUGAAUCUUUUGUUGGGUGCCUAAAGCCUUUGACCCCUAAGAGUGAUAAGUAUCUAAUUUCUCCCAACAGUAUUACUCCUCAGCCAAAUAUUAAAGCCAUGAAAAUACACAUGUAGUCAAUUAUUCCAAACUCAAGAAGCCCUUGAUUGUUGAACAAAUUCUCCCCGUAAGCACCAUAGGAAAUGUAUAGGGAAUAGUAUAUAUAUGGAGAACUUGCAUACUGAUAUUAGGGUUUAAAGCAUGGACACCAAGACCCAUAUGUCCAUAUAGGUCAAAGACUGAAAAACACCAAGGAGCCCAUCCUGUCAUAAAAAAUUGAAAUAAAUGAGAUAAUGAGGAUGUGUGUGAAAUUAGUGAACAUGACAUGGUCUUCACUACUUGUGCUGUAUUUCUUGCAGGUUUUGUCUUUUCAACAGUGGAACCAAGUGCUCUUAUUCAGGAACAUGGAGGACCAUGUGCUAUCAUAGCAUCUGUCCAGGUGAAAAUAAUACUGACUAUCCACCAGACCCAGGUUUAGAGGUUUUACGCUGACUUUUCUCAAGUGGUCUCUAGCACAAGCUUGACUUGUUUUGCCUCCUAACAGCUAGGAUUUUUGAAAAUAUAUGUUCCAUUAAAGUUAUUCCAUUGAUACAUUUUUUUACACAUAGAGGUACAAGAAAAAGAUGCUCUUUAUCACUUGUUUCUUCUUUUAAGAAAUAUUUAAUCUCUAGGUAGCUUUCUUGGCAAUUUGUCUGUGAAGCAAGUAAGCCCUUUAUUUGAUAUAAUAAGGGGUCUUAUUUCUUUGUUUAAUUUUCAGGCUUUUAUUCUAAAGAAUAUCCUUUUUGUAGAGGAAACACCAGCUCCUGAUAACUGGAGACAAGUUGCAGGUUAGUUUUCUUUGUUUUAUAAAUUAAAUAACUGGCAAGUUUCUUGUAAAGAAAACAGUAAUCAUGAUUGUACUUAGGCUUUUUCUUUCUCGAACACUUCAACCUCCAAGGACCAUUGGAUUUAAGAAGUAAAAAUACAUCUAGCCUCCUAGAAAUUGGAAAUAAAAGUUAAAGACACUACUGAUCCUCUGGGACAAAACUAUAGCAGUGAUAUCAUUGUUGACAAAAUUUUAGUGAUUUGGUGCCAUAUUCAAAACUGUAUUUGUAGAUGACUAUUUCUUCAAUUCUUGUUAGCUUUUUGCUUGACAUUUUUAUUAGAAUUAUGGGAGAGAAUGAAUAUUUUCAGAAGUCAAACUCAAGAAUUAAGUAUCACCCCUAAAAAAAAAGAGCAUAUAAGAUUACCGCUAAACAGCAUAACCUGCUACAUGGUUCUAUUAAAUUCAACAGAUGAGCAAGCUAGACAGUUGCUUGUUUGCUCUCUUUGUGAGAUGCUUAACAAUGUCAAAACUGAGAAAUUUACCCUGGUGUUUCUCAGGGAUCAUCUGGUCUUUACAUCAUGUAUGACAGCUGAAAGAACAGACACAGAAAGUGAGGAGUGUGCAUCAUCCAACAGUCCAGGUACUCCUUCGUUUUAGCCCACGAUGGCUGACAACUUUUUCAAAUCUUGUAGUGAUUGUAGUGACUAUGGGAACAUUUGAAUUUGUGUAUCACAAGUUAUAGUCUCAGAAAUCCUUUCUCUUGAAUCAUUGUUAACUAUAUGCUGUUAAUUUUAUUUAUAUUAUAAGUUGAAUUAUCCCCACAUUUUGAGUUGUUCUAACUUAUGAUCUAUUUGAGGAAAGACGCGUAGAUGAUGUCACAAUCAGAAAAUUUUUACUCUCCUAUGAUAUAUUUAUUUAAUGUAUCAUAUAUGUUGUCGUGGGUCUUUUCAAUAGAAGAUUGCAGAAGAUGUCAAAAUCUGAUGAAAAUAUCAGUGACACAUUCUGCUGUGCCUGGUUUGCUACUUUUUUGUUCUUACCUCAUUUUGAUGUCAUCUGUGAUCUGUUACUGAACAGAUGCAAUUGGCACCAUGGAAUCUAUCUGUUAAGUUGUUGUCAAGGUUUUAUUUUCUUUUUUCAGAUUCCAGUUCCCCUGAUUACCACAAAUCAGUGUGUGCUCCAGAGCUUACUUCAUUAUCUAGUGAUAAUUUUCAUUCAAAACUAUGGUAUGUUUCUUAGGAAAGAGUUUGAAUAAUAUAGUUAAUGUAAUUCAAGCCCAAAUGGUGUAGAUAGAGAUCUUGUACCUUUUUCUGUGGGAUCCUGAAUGGAUCUCAUUUCCAUGAAAAACCAUAUGACUAAUGGGGUUGAAUCCUUUCUGGUCAUGCAGUGAAAGAAGGAUCAGUAAUCAAGACAUUCUUGUAUAAAUUCAUAUUGUUUCUUUUUUCUUACAGUCAGGUUCAAUGUCAUGCUUUAGAAGAUGUCACUCAAGUUAUAAACAAAAACAUAGCCAUGUUAGAAGGUCGCUUUGGUGUGCUGCUAUUUCUUUAUUCAGUGUUAUUAACAAAGGUAUUGAUAGUCACUGUAACUUUAACUUACAGCUACAUGUUCAUGAGCUUGUCUUGACCUUACUUAAAUCCUAGAUAUAUUUUUACUCAUCCAAGACAAAAUUUUUCAUUAGAAAAUCAAUACAACAUCAUGUAGAUAAGUGAUGAGAAUGAAACAAAGUAUCAGAUAGAGGACAACAGUUUUCUGUACAACAGUAUUUCACUGUACAAUUCUUAAUCUGCUUCUAAAUUAUUUUUAUCUAUGCAUGAUUGAUCUCUUAAGGAUUUUUUUUUUGAUAAGUUUACAGCCAGGUUUUGAAUGAUAUAGAGUCUUGAAAAGUAGAAUCAAUAUAAAAGUUUAAAUGUUGCGGGUGAAAAAGAUUUGUUUUACGCAUAGGGUUUAGAAAGUAUCAGGUCUGAAAUGGAAGAUGUGGGUGAACCGCUGCUGGAUGAGAGUUUUGGGCAUGGAAGGUUUGUAUCCUGUCUUGUUGCACUGUCAGUAGAAACUAUUCAAGAGUACAAAGACUACAAACACAGUUUUUCCAGCAUUUUUGCUUUGCAAACCUCCCUGCUCUUGAUCCAGUUUUGAGCUGAAAUUUUUGGAAAGAAAAUAAUAUAUUUAAAAGUUUUUUCAUUAUCAAAAUACAUGUAUAGAAACAAGUUUCAUUUUUUUUCUACUUUUCACUUUUUUUCUACUUUUCACUUUUGUAUCAGAAUAGGUAUCUAACUCAAAGGCUUCUAGCAAAGAGUUUAUUUCACAGUAUAUUUUUCUGUGUUAAAGAAUUUAAAAUUAACUUUCCUAAUUCUUUCUUUAGUCAAACCCUCAUCAACCUUAUGCUGACUGGAUAUAGCGUAUCAAAUGUCUGGGACUCUUCAAGAACACUUUCAGGCCUGGGUAAGUUGUAAAAUCAAGAAUUCUUUCAAGAAUUACAGUUUAGGAGUUUAGCUAAUUUUUGCCAUGAGUUUUUGCCAUGAGUUUUUGUUUCUGAAAAUAACCAACCCAUCCCCUUGGAACAUCAUUAGAAAUUCCAAGGGGGGGGGGGGAGGCUGACAAAAAUUUUUUUUAACACUAAGUUGGUUCCAAACCCCUUUUGCUCCUUUUGGCGACCAAGAAGAAAUUUCUCCUUACGAUUAUCAAUACCUUUUAAGGCAGAGAGGUGAUGAGAAAUCAAAAAAAGAAAAAGUAAAAUAUUAACAAGUGGAUAAUGGUUGAUUGAGCACCAAAUGAAAAAAAAGACUCUGGUAGACAGUGCAAAGAAUUCAUAGUUAGAUCUUGAAAUUAGAAGGGCAAAUAGAUAUGACAUGGUGGAAAAGUUGUUCCAACAUUGCAUUUAUUUCUGUAGAAUUAAGAGGUGUUCCUAAACAGUCUUCAAUAGGAUUUUUAACACUUUUAGAAGCUCAUCGAUACUGUGAGGCAAGUUUUUCAUCUGGCAUUGUUUAGCUAAUUUUCUGUGCCACUUUGUUCUUAUUUAAAUCUUUGACCCCUUAAAGUAUCUAAUUUCUCCUUACACAAAUUCUCCUUAUCAGCAUCUUAGGAAAUAUGUAGAGAACAGUACGGAGAAUAUACAUACUGAUGUUAUAAUGUAAAGUGUUAAAGCCAUUUCUAAAAAUAUUUUUCUAUGUCCAUAAUUUCAGAUAAACAUGCAUGCUGAAAAUACAAGUGCAGAAACUAAUUAAUGCAUUUAUAGAUCAUAACACAUUUAUUUGAACUCUGAAAAUCAAAUUCCAAAAUAACACAACCUUUACUGUGGUCUAUAUUUAUUAUUUUCUAAAAAUACAUAUAAUAGGUUGGGAACUUUUUGAAAUCUCCCAUGUAUCCAGUAUGGCUUCUUGCAAGUGAAACUCACCUUACAGUCUUCUUCUCCCAGGUUAGUUAUUCAAAUAGACAUUUCUUUACUUGUUUGUCAGAGUUUCUUACUACUAUUAAGAUUCCUGACUUUACAAGCAGAAGGCAAUAAGAAGUAUUCUAUUGCCAUACUUUGUAGAUAGGAUACCAUUUCAUCCUAGGGUAACCACACCAUUAGGUCAGCAAUCUUUGACAGUUCACUGCCACUCAUUUAUACUCAUGGAAGGAGAGAGAGACACGUUACUGCAUUAAUUAAGUGAAGUGUGUUACCAAAGAACAUGAAACAAUGUCCUCAGUGUUCUCCCUCAUGUUAGGCAUAGCAGGUAAAAUAAAUUUUCAAACCAGUAGAGAAAUCUUUUUACUUGUUGAAUUUUCAAGAAUUCCAAGCGAUUUUGGGCAAUAAUAUGAGGUACUACAGGGGGUAAAUUUUACUUGUUUUGGCCUGAAAAGGAAAACACUGGGUCCCUGCUAGAGUUGGCACCCAGAACACUUGAUCCACAGUCAAUUUUGUGAAGUGCAGACUCCCACAUUUCCCUUGUUUUUUAUUAUUCCUGAGGUGGAAAAUCUUGUUGAUGUUUUUUGGGGGAUCCUCUAUACUUUUAGGGAUCAUUUACAUAAGGUAUUAUAGUCAUAAUAUCUGCUCAUUAGGUAAACAUAUUAAUCUUUCAUGCUACCCCAUAGAUGUUGCAAAGUUCUGCAUGUUAAGGAAUUUUUCCCACAGACUUUUUGUCUUAUCAUUUUAGGAACGAAGUCUAACUGGCUCAGAAAGUGAUAGAGAAAGAGGCUUGAGAGUUUUUAAAUCUCACGACCAGCAAGGUAUUAAUAUGUUCAACAGACUAUUUAAACCUCUUUUUAAUUUGAAGAUUUAUAUGUAUUACUCCUUGGUAAUCCUUGGUUCUAAAAUUUUUUUAUUUGCUUUCUCUUGAAUAGACAAUGGUUUUAUUACGAGUGAUCAACUUGGAAGUGUCUUAGAGGAUCUUGAUCUUGUUUCUGAUCCUGAAUAGUAAGUUACCUCUUAUUGUAUCAUAAUUUCUACCUCUGCCAUUUGAUUUUUUGAGCAAUUUUCAACAGAUUAUGUGUGGAUUGCUUUUAAUUAGUUUUGCAUUACUUUGUGAUGUGAUUGGUUUAGCAGCUUUCUCAAGCAAUCAGAUUCAGAACUUAAACCAUUCAGGACCUGGUCAAUCAUGUGUGUGUGCAAUAUAUUAAGUAUUUCUUUAUUUCUCAGUUUUUUACUAUGGUUUCUCAUUGCCUCAUUCAUUUAGUUUCAUUUCCUCUGAUUUGCCGUUGUCAGUGAUUACUUUUAAAAAGCAUUUUCUAACAGUAAUAUCCUCGCUCCCUAUAUGGGAUAAAACUUGACAAUCAGUUCAAAAAAAUGAUCACUUUAUCAUCUUUUUAAACAGCAAGUUGUUUUUUUUAUUUACUAAUCAUGUGGUUCUAUUUUCCAAGUGUAUCCUUCAUGAAAGAACGCUUAGACCAAGAUUCUGUUGGGAUCAUUCUUCUGCAUAAUUUCCUGACAGAGUUUUUCCCUGGAGAGGUAUAUGGUGCCUUAAAAUGGUUAAUUAAUGUUUAACCCACAAGAAUCAUGAUCCAUGUUGCUUGAUGUGAGAUGAAUGAUGUGUGAUGCUUGAUGCAUGGUGAAUGAUGCAUGAUGCAUGGUCCUUUCAAGGAUUUCAAAUAUACAUUGAAAAACUUCUGGACUCUUCUGCCACAUCUAAGUCCAAUGUUCAGAGCUAUUAAGGUGAAACUUUGAAUUCAUAAAUCUAUUGUUUUAGAAUAUUGUUUGUGUUACAUCUGCCUGCAGGAUAUGCUAGCAGAUGAUGUUAAGCCAUUUAAAGCUUUUCAUUACAAUGGACUUGGAUUAAGAGAGGAAGACGGCACCAAAAAGGUAGUGGUUAUUGAACUUUGUAUAAACCUUGAAUGUGAUGACAGUAAAAAAGACAAACAAGCUGGCUUCAGAUGCUGUAUUCUGGCAUUUUUAAAUAAUUUAGUUCAAAAGCAUGAGGUGCUUAUGAUUGUAAUAUUUGCAACCCUUAGAAAAUUGAAGUUUGUUUGGUAAAAGCAACAAAGUGCACUUUCUUUUGGUUUAACGCAGUAAAGACCCACUUAGGAUGUUGGGAGAACACAAGAGUUUUUAAAUCACUUGCCCUGACCUACUUACAAACUUUUUUCAUGUUCAUUCCUAUCGUUCUGACAAAGGGCUAAUUCCCAAAAUGUCAGCUUUAAACUCUUUAUAUUGGCCAAUUUACGUUUUCAAUUCAGUCGAUAACACUAAAUUAACCUGUUUAUUCAUGUUUUCCCAACAUUACACCUGUUUUCCUGGUGGAUUUACUGGUGCAGUAAAUGAUAAGUCUUUGACCAACGAGGGCCCUCCUAGUAUUUCAGUUAGUCUCUAAACACCUAAUAAAAUAAUUCUUGAUAUGAAAACAAAAUCCUUUAACAUAAAGCUAUGUGUUCCAAAUCAUGGUCAUGUGGUUUUGAGUAGGGAAGACGAUAUGAUGAGGGAUCUUCUCUUAGUAAUUCAACAUUAUAAAUUGUUCAUUUGAUAAACUGAUUGAACACUUUUCCUCAAAGGUUAUGUAUACAGAAGGACUAGCCUCCAUUGAGCCAUCAGACUUCAGUCGCAUAGCAGAACAACAGAUUGUUUCUUGUCUGAAGACAAAGUGGCCAGGAGUAUGGCUCGAGUGGGAGGGAAAACAUGUGCCGUCAUUAAAUUAAAAAGGAUGGAAGUCCAGCGCAUAAGAUCUAUCCAUUAUAUUGAUUACUUUUUAUAAAUGAUGUAAGAGAUCCUAUAUGCCUCUCUUUGAGAAUGUUGGUGGGCACAGAAAAAUGAGCUGUUCCUUCAGUCUUCAUUCUACAAGACCUGUCAUGUUGCCUCACCAGACAGUCAACAUGCUGUUUCAGUGGAAGAACACUCAGGCUUUUACUUAGCAUAACAUAAGCUCUACUGGGUCACAGCUCCAUUUUCCUUUACAAGCUGUUACAGUGUUGGAAAGAAGCUUAGUGAGCUCAGUGGAGAAACAAAUGCAUUACAACAGACAUUGGGCUGCAUAAGAGCAACUUGUAUGGUUAAAUGUUGCGAACCCUGAAUCUUUGUAACUUAAUAAAGUAUUGAAACAGACAAUCUUAAUCCUGCCACAUAUUUUUUAAAACAGAGGAGAAAAAAAUAUUUCAGGAAAGUGAAUUUCACC